UUAUUAAACUGGGUUCUGUGAUCAAUCAUACAUCCCUAAAUUCUUGCCCAUCACUAAUUUGCUCUAUAGUCUGUGGUUACAUCAGUGUUGAUGACAGUUAUUUAUUUAAAUUUGCGGUUUUUAGUUAUUUUUCAGGUACCAUGGACAAGAGUUUCGACUUCAGCAGACUGCUGAAGAAUCACGAGAAGAAGCACAAGAGCAGACCGUCACAGUUCGGCAGCGUAGCUGGCGGGGUCCAGAAAAGGCUUGAGCACAACCUAAAAUAUAGGAAGAGCAACCGUCUGUCAGUCUUUGAUAACUUGAGAAACUUGGCAAAAUGCGACAGUCCGGUACCUAUGCCCAAGGUACAGUCGAAGGUAGAGCACAGGAGACAGCAGCUGGAGAAAUGGAAGGAGGAGAAGGACAAGAAGAAAAAGGAAGCAGCGGCACAGAAGAAGAAGCCAUUCCUAGUGGGAGUGUCACACGCACCAAUCAAGUUUGUGCCUCCACCGCCGGCCCCCAGACCCAUGCCCAGCACUUCUGGCAGAGUGACACGCUCCCAGUCCGCUAGGUGCAGUGUCAAACCUAAGGACACCAAGGAGACCAAAGCAGCCUCUCAGUCCUUUGCACCAAAAAAUGCUUCAUUUAGGCCACCUGAAAUAAAAACAUUGACUAAACUGCCAAACUUGGCACCACCAAAGACUAGGAAGGAUAAAAAACAACAACAAAAUAUUACUUUUGACCCGGUGUUACCAACUGAGAUGCAAACUAGCAAACAAACAAGAUCUAAGGCUACUAAACAGAGUGUGGUAGAAACUAAACCUGUACGUAAGCAAGCAGAGAAACCAACCAAAGGAAAAGUCACCAAACCUGCUCCAAAAACUAAUAAACUACCAUCACUGCAGAGUAGUUCCUCAAGUGAGAUAGAGUCUAGCAAGGAAAUGUCACCCAUUUUGAUGACCAAGGUGUUGAGGAAGUCGUUGCCAGCUCCAAGCUCCCCUCAGGUGACAGCUAAGACACCCAGGAAGUCUGUAGACAGUUAUACUCCUAACAGACCUGUGCCUAGGAGUGAGUCCAGCUCAGAGGAACGGCUGCGGUCUCCCAAGUCCUUGGAUGACGUUCCCAUGACUCCUGAACAGAUAGCGGAAGAGGCUAAGAACAUCAGUCCUUGUGUGACCAUGUCUCGAGGCAAGGAUAAUGCACGGAAGGAGAUGAAAAAGAAAAUGGAUGAGGGUCUACUGGAUGAGGACAACAGCCACAUAGAGAGUGUGGACCACUUCAGGAGACAGCUGGCCUCGGAGAUCAAGCGCAUGACAGAGAUGUGUGAAACCUGGGACAAGAUCUCUGAGCAGACAGUGCUGCCGGAGACUGUGCAGGAGGCAGUGCUGUCGGCAGUGGGUCAGGCGCGGCUGCUGAUGACGCAGAAGCUGCAGCAGUUCGCGUCGCUGGUGGAGCGCUGCGCGCGGCCGGAGCCCGGCGUGGCGCUCGUCACGCCCGCUGACCUGCACGGCUUCUGGGAUAUGGUGUUUAUGCAGGUGGAGAACGUAGACAUGCGUUUCAAGAAGUUGGAAGAGCUGCGCCUGUGCGGCUGGGUGGAGGACAAGCCUAUUGAGGCUAAGAAGAAGGUGGUGAAGGGCCCUGCCCAAGCCAAGAAAGUGGCCAAGCCUGCCGGUGGACCUAGCCGACUCAGGGAGAUGAUUGCUGCUGCAAGAAAAGCCAAGAAGGAGCAAGAAGAAGCUAAGCCAGCAACCCUCCAGCCACCUACCGAGGACAGCAAGACAUUCGAGGCCGGGUUCUUCAGCGUGCGGUCACCCGUGCGGUCCCCCGCGCCCUCACCCGCGUUGUCGCCCUCACAGCGCACUCCGGGGAGCAAGACCAGCUUGCUGAAAGCUGUGUUGUCCAGUGAGGCUAAGAAAUCGGCUAGCAAGAAUUCCACAUCGUUUGCGAUGUUGCGUGCGUCUGUAUUUGGCAAGAAUAUGGAGUGUGAUGGAUUCUCUUUACUACCACAAACCCCAGUACCAGUGACACCAAUCAACUUAUACGCGACCCCCGGACGUAGUAUACUCAAAGGCGCCAACACGGAGACCAAAAAAUCUACCAGAAAGUCCAUCAAAAUGGUUUUGUUCAACCGUUCAGACACCGAAUUACAAGACGUGUCUUACCACACCCCAGACAGCGAGGCUAACGAACAGAGACCUGAUGACAUACAUACAGACAGUGGCAUUUCUUCCAUGGAUUUGGAGAAAGUGGAAAAUAAAGAAAAUUCUAGAAGGAAGUCAAAGUUGGUUAGGCAGGAUGCGGAAGAUAGAAGUCCAGUUGUCACUCGCAGCAGGCGCAAGUCCUUAAACACGACGGUAGAGGGCGACGCUGUCACGCCAAGAAGGUCGUCUCGCAAGAAGGUGCUGCACGAUUCAGAAGAUAAUGUCGUUGAAGAAAAGGCUAAAAGGUCUUCUAGAAGACGGAAGAGUGGUGUGCAAGCAUAGUUUGUAUAUGACCUUUAAAAGUGUUGCCAUAUUGUGUAAAACGGCUCUUCAAUUUUCUGAAAUGCGUUGAUGCCUGAUUGGGCAAGAAACAUUGAGAUUAAUUUGUAGUCCAGUUAAUAUGUAGCGUAAUUUGUGCUCAAUUCUUUGUUAAUAGAGAUGAUAGUGCUAUUGACAGUGAAAGGCUUUGUAUAUCUUUCUUUUUUUCUUCUAAAAUACAAUUAUUGGUCCUUGUUUAGUUGACAAAAAUGUCAUCAAUCUUAAAUGAACUAAAUAUUCGCUUUAUAAUAAGGAUGAUCAAAGCCAUUCUUACAGGGAAGUCAACAAUGAGUCCAGUGUUGCCAUGUUUUAAAUAAAAUUGGCCCAAUUUAUACAUAAAGGGAUUGAAGAUUAUGCCCAUAAGAGGCCAAACUGUUAUUUUUGUGUUAUUAGUAUUUGUAGAUUAUUCUGAUAUUCCAUUAGUGUUUAAUGUUUGCUACAGUUGUGUUGUGAGUGAUCUGAGUAAUAAUUCCAUACGUAAUAAAGAUUAGCCAAAGGAAUAUUCGCCAUAAUUACUAAACUAUUAGUAAUCAUAAGGUUUCACUUCAUAUUAGUUUUGUGUUAAAAAUACUUGUAUUGUCUAUUUUAGUGAAAUAUUGAUAAAGAUCAUGAUUAGUUAUUACAUUAAUUUUAUGCCUGUUUUUAGGAAAUUAUGCCAAUUUGUUUAAUUAAUAUUCAAUUAUGUAGUUUGUGUAGAUUUAAUCAUUUGUUUUUAGUUUCUUUUUGUGAGGCAGUCGCGGGAAAGUGCCUUUUAUUGAAAAGCAAGUAUGCCUCUUCCAAUUCCUCUUAUAAUCUUAGAUUACAGUCAUUGUAAACAUAAUAAUUAUAAGUUAAUUGUUGUCCAAGUUAACAGGCAGUAUUACUGAGGCAUACUUGCGAGGUUUCCAAUACAACAGUGUAACCAGUGCCUUGAAACGUUAAAUAUCGUUAUUUAUUGAACUUGUGAGUACCGAGGCUGCCUCGGGUGAGUUAAGUUUCAUAAUGUCGACUGUGUGAAUGACAUCAGACUUGACAACAAGUCUGAUGUCGUGAUUAUUGUACAAUAUUAGUAUACAAGAGUUUUUAAUAAUAA